UUUUGGUGGCUCAAGUCCGGGUCCAAGGCCAGCAUGUCAAUGAAGAGGAUUGUGCGUGUGUCCCUGGAGCAUCCCACCAGCGCCGUGUGUGUGGCUGGCGUGGAGACCCUCGUGGACAUUUAUGGGUCGGUACCUGAGGGCACAGAGAUGUUCGAGGUCUACGGGACCCCCGGUGUGGACGUCUACAUCUCUCCUAGUGUGGAGAGGGGCCGGGAGCGUGCAGACGCCAGACGGUGGCACUUUGAUACGGGGUUGGAGAUCAUCGUGGUCAUGAACUCGCCCAGCAAUGACCUCAAUGACAGUCAUGUUCAGAUUUCCUACCACUCCAGCCACGAACCCCUUCCCCUGGCCUAUGCGGUGCUCUACCUCACCUGUGUUGACAUCGCUCUGGAUUGUGACCUGAACUGUGAGGGCAGACAGAACAGGAGCUUCGUGGACAAGCGGCAGUGGGUCUGGGGGCCCAGUGGCUAUGGAGCCAUCUUGCUGGUGAACUGUGACAAGGACGAUGCGAACUGUUACGACCAGGACAACUGUGACCAGCACGUGCACUGCCUGCAAGACCUGGAAGACAUGUCAGUCAUGGUCCUGCGGACCCAAGGCCCCGCCGCCCUCUUCAACGACCACAGACUUAUCCUCCACACCUCCAGCUAUGAUGCCAAGUGGGCCCGGGUCUUCCACACCUGCGGUCCUGAGGACUCGUGCGAGGCCUACAGGCACGUGCUGGGCCAGAACAAGGUGUCGUACGAGGUGCCCCACUUCCACGGUGACGAGGAGCGCUUCUUCGUGGAGGGGCUCUCCUUCCCUGACGCCAGCUUCACGGGGCUCGUGUCCUUCCACGUCACCCUGCUGGACGACUCCAACGAGGAUUUCUCCGAGUCCCCGAUCUUCACUGACACCGUGGUGUUCCGUGUGGCGCCCUGGAUUAUGACGCCCAGCACCCUGCCGCCCCUGGAGGUUUACGUGUGCCGCGUGAGGAACAACACGUGUUUUGUGGACGCCGUGGCGGAGCUGGCCAGGAAGGCUGGCUGCAAGCUGACCAUCUGCCCGCAGAAUGAGAACCGCAAUGACCGCUGGAUCCAGGACGAGAUGGAACUGGGCUAUGUUCAGGCGCCACACAAGACCUUCCCGGUGGUCUUUGACUCCCCCAGGAACGGAGAACUACAGGACUUCCCUUACAAAAGGAUCCUGGGUCCAGAUUUCGGCUAUGUGACGCGGGAACCACAAGACAGCUCUGUGAGUGGCCUGGACUCCUUCGGGAACCUGGAGGUCAGCCCCCCAGUGGUGGCCAAUGGGAAAGAGUACCCCCUGGGGCGGAUCCUCAUCGGGGGCAACCUGCCUGGGUCCAGUGGCCGCCGGGUCACGCAGGUGGUGCGGGACUUCCUCCACGCGCAGAGGGUGCAGCCCCCAGUGGAGCUCUUUGUGGACUGGUUGGCCGUGGGCCACGUGGAUGAGUUUCUGAGCUUUGUCCCUGCCCCCGACGGGAAGGGCUUCCGGAUGCUCCUGGCCAGUCCUGGCGCCUGCUUCAAGCUCUUCCAGGAAAAGCAGAAGUGGGGCCACGGCAGGGCCCUCCUGUUCAAAGGGGUUGUCGGUGACAAGCAGAUCAGCACCGUCUCCAUCAACCAGGUCCUCUCCAAUGCAAACCUCAUCAGCUACAACAAGUUUGUGCAGAGCUGCAUCGACUGGAACCGGGAGGUACUCAAGCGGGAGCUGGGCCUGACCGAGCAGGACAUCAUUGACAUCCCUCAGCUCUUCAAGAUUGAGAGGAGAAAGGCAGUGGCCUUCUUCCCUGACUUGGUGAACAUGUUGGUGCUGGGGAAGCACCUGGGCAUCCCCAAGCCCUUCGGGCCCAUCAUCGACGGCCAAUGCUGCCUGGAGGAGAAGGUGCGGUCCCUGCUGGAGCCGUUGGGCCUCCACUGCACCUUCAUCGACGACUUCACCCCGUACCACAUGCUGCACGGGGAGGUGCACUGCGGCACCAACGUGCGCCGGCAGCCCUUCUCCUUCAAGUGGUGGAACAUGGUGCCCUGAGCCCAUCCCCCGCCCCACUGUCGUCUCCCCCUGGGGUGGGACAUCGGGGGGCCCUGAACAAUAAGCGUCAAGAGACCCCAAGGUUCCAGAUAGCAUGCCGAGCGUGACUGUCUCUCUCGGAAGCCUUUUCCCUAGUAGUGUUGCAACCCAUUUGGUUUUCAGGCUUGAUUCUUGUUGGCCUCUCAAGAAGAAAGUUCUCAUUUCUUGAAAGCCUCUCAUGUGGACAAGACCCAUGGGGACUCCUCCAAACUUACCCCUUCUCACCCCCAAAUCCUCUGUUUGAGAUCUCAUGCACUUUGGGGUCUAGAAACAUCCGUGCAUCUCAUCUGCCAUCUUGGCCUGCGUGUCCUAAUGGAGGAAGGACCCACACUUCUGCUUUGGUGUGAUUGCCUCUCAUCCUGCAGGGGAGCAGCCCUAACGUUAGAUCCCUCCACGCAGGAGAGAGUCUACCCAUAGCUUCCCCCAGAGGGAAGGAGGUGGGGCCCAUUUGGAUCAAGGUGGGAUCAUCCGUCUACCUGCCAAGCUUCUGACCAGAUGUUGAACUCUACACCCCACACAGUGCCCGGCAUGAGCUUUCACAUAGUUGGUCCUUUCCAGAUGUGUCUCGAAGGAAUGAAUGUUGGCCCUUAGCCUUAUCAUUGCCCCAUCAUCUGAAUCCAGAAAUCUGGCUUUGUCCAAAGACCUCCUGGAAUUUCUUGGAGGUGAUAGUGUGAGUUGGGGGCACUUGGCUGGCUCAGUCGGUGGAGUGUGCCGGGGUUGUGGGUUUGAGCCCCACAUAGGGUGUAAAGAUUACUUAGAAAUAAAUUUUAAAAGAGAAAGUAUGUUGGGAAUUCCCAGAGAUUGGGAAGCCUGCACGCGCAAGGGUGAGAUGUCCUCCACGGUGCAUAGGCUGCUUCCUUGGCCUUGCACCUUGUUCUGCAGGAGGGGAGACCCCUGGUAGAAUAGGUCCUAGGCUUUCUGUUGCCCUCUGGUCAACGUUUCCAUGUCCUGCUGUGCCUCAGGAGAGGGAGCCCAAAGGGGCAGAUCCACCAACAUAGCUCACAGCGGGACACUCUGGGAAUGAACGGCUCUGAGCGCGAGGGGAGGGGCGAGGGGUGG